GGGAGUAGCUGUUAGACAGAAAUUGCAUUUUUUUAAUUUUUUGUUACAUAAUUUAGUGCAAUAAUGUUCAAAAUUAAUAAUUAAAGCCAUGUAUCGUUUAUUUAGAGUAAAACUGUUGUCUCAAAAUUAUGUUCAAAAGUUGUCGAGGCAAAAUUGCAUAAAUGCGCAGAUUAGAGAAACGUGCUUAUGUUGUAAACAAAAUCAUUGUAAUUUGUCGUUGUCAGUUUUAGAUAUAGGUUAUGUUCCAAAUAGUUAUUUAACUCAAUGCCGAAAAAAUUCUUCGACCUCAACGCAAUCACUUAGGACUGUAAUAAAACGAAAGAGGAGAGUGCACAAGAAAAAGAACUAUUCUGAAUUAUUAGAAGUAAGUGAAGAUAAAACAAGUACGAAAAAAGCAUCAAUUAAAAAUCUAAAGCCACAAGAAAUAGCACAUAUAAUAUCACAGCCAGAUGUAUCGCUGGGCGAAUUGCACAAACUGCAAAGCAACUUCUUACAAGGAUCGGGUUUGAAAAAUAGGAAUGCAGAUGACAAGCAUUUUAACUCGUUUUCUUCAAAGAAUUUUACAAGUGUAGAAGGUUUUGAAUCCUUUGAAGAUUUAGCAGUCUGCUUUUUGCAGGACAGCAUGACGGUUAAUACUAGUAGUGUUUCUUUAUUACAUGAAAUUAGAGAAAGUUAUCAUGAAUUUGCUUCUUCGGGGAUGUUGGAGGAAUAUGAGCUAGACACAUUAGAGGAAUUGAGCAUUGAAGACAAAUUAGUGGCUGAAAGUUAUAUGGGAGAUAUGGAAAUCCAACCAGAGCAUGAUGUGGAAAUUUUGACACAGUUAUCAAAGCAAAGUGCAACAGAUAAAGUCAAAUCAAAGAAAAAACUACCUGCUAAAGGUGAAAAAUUGACACAGAGUAAAAUAAUGAAGCAAAGGUUAGAAUUAAUGGAGAAAGCGGCCAAGGAAGAUGGUCUUCAAAGAAGUUUGAAUGCAUUUUUAGAUUUGUGUGUCACAAACAACCUCUUAAAUAGAGGAUUGGCAACUCUUCUACAUUAUCGCAAUCGUGGUAAAAAAAAAUCAUACCCCAAAGUUAUGGAUUUGAAUUUAUAUAAUAUAAUGAUCAAGGGAUUUGCUAAAAGAGGCAAUUAUGCAAAAGUAUAUGAAUUGCUCACAUGUUUAAGAGAAGAUAAAAUUUCAUGGUCAGCUCAAACUUUUGCUCAUAUAUUUGAAUGUCUUGGCAGAAAUCCUCCUUCUGCUGAAAAUGAUAGGUUAUUAGCAAAGUAUCGUUCAGAAGCAAUAAGUAAAGGUUUCUCUUUGAAUUGUAUUGUAGAUAAGAGCAAAUUUUGCCAAGAUGAACGUGAAGUAGUUAUUUCUGCUAUUCAGAGACUUGAACCAGAGUUCAAACCCGUGUAUACACCUCCCAUAUUGCAUUAUACAGGAGAAUUAGUUGAAUAUUUAAAUACCAAUAGACCCACCAUUAAAAGUAUUACAAGCAAUGAAAAUUCUGGUGUAAUGUCAGAACAAAAAUAUAGUGACCAGUUUUAUAAUGUUAAAAAUUUACAAAUGUGCUCAAAGCAACAAUUGAAUCUGGAAAUGAAUGGUAUUGUGGUUGUGAAGAGUAUAGAAAAACUACCCGAGCCUGAUGAAUUUGUUCUUCAUUAUAGAAAACGAUUUGAGGACAUGCAAGUAACAUGGAAACAAAAGAUUUGUGAUGCUUUUAAGCGGGAUUUACAAGCCCUCAGGGCACAACAUAAUUCAGUGAAAUCACAUAGAUCAAUAGGAAUUUAUCCAUAUCUUAGAGUUUUGAAGGUAUCUGAUUAUGCUGACAUUGUUCUAAGAGAAGCUCGUAGAAUUGCCGAAGGCUCUGAAACUUACAGUCCAACAGUAAAUCAAUUAUAUAGAGAUUUAGGCAUAAGAGUACAAUCCAGGUAUCAUAUUGAAGUCAAACAAACAAAUGGUGUUCUGGAAAAAGUAAAUGAAAUAUAUGAUCAAUAUUGUUUACAAAUAAGUGAAACUUAUAAAAAACUGCAAGAUAUUAAUUAUUUAUCUGAAGAGCUGGAUUCAUUAGAUAAGUUAAGUGAUUUUAACACAAGGCAGAAAUGGCAACUGCUGGUUCAUCAAGAAAAUCAUGGAGCAAGCACAGAUUUAGAAGAAGUAAAUUGGCCUUAUUCAGUGUUGCUAGCUGUUGGAAAAUUUUUGUACAAUAUAUUGAUGCGUGAUUUAAAAAUAGAUGUAAAUUCUAUGAAGAUGAAUAGUAAACAAAAGAAUAUGCUUCCGGCAUUUUACACAUUAUUUAGAAAUCAAGGAAAAUUUGUUAAAGAAGAAGUAAAACCACAUCCAGUACUCUCAAAACUACUACGAAGUUCCGGUCAAGAAUAUUUAUAUUUUGAACCAAAUGCUGUACCAAUGUUGUGCCCACCUGUACCUUGGACGUCAAUUACAUCUGGUGGUUACUUAGUUGCAAGGACAGAUUUAGUUAGAUUGCCUCAUCAUGCUGUACAGCAAUGGCAAAGGAUGGAAAAUGCACCGCUUCAUCAACUGUAUCCUGCAAUAGACAGUUUGAAUCAAUUAGCAGCUGUUCCAUGGAAAAUCAAUACACAGAUUUUAGAUGUCAUAUUAGAAGUAUUCAAUAGUGGAGGAUCUGACAAGUUGGAUGUUCCCCGACCUCAUACAUCAUUAAAAUUACCUGAUGUCAGUACUGAACCUCUGACAAAACAAGAAAAAUUCAAUGCUUACAGACAAAAAUUGGCUAUAAAAAGAAAACAAGGUGAAAUGUAUAGUUUAUGGUGUGAUGCUCUAUAUAGACUAUCACUGGCAAAUCAUUUUCGAAGUAAAAUUUUUUGGUUACCACACAAUAUGGACUUCAGGGGAAGAGUUUAUCCAUGUCCACCACAUCUGAAUCAUUUAGGGUCUGAUUUGGCAAGAUCAAUUUUAAUUUUUGGUAUGGGAAAACCCCUAGGUCCAACUGGAUUGGAUUGGUUAAAAAUUCAUUGUAUAAAUUUAACAGGUUUAUUCAAGCAUGAUCCUGUUGAAAAGAGAUUAGCAUAUGCAAAUGAAAUUAUGGAUGACAUUCUUGAUUCAGCAGACCAUCCACUCACGGGUAAACAGUGGUGGGUUGCAUCUGAUGAGCCAUGGCAAACCUUAGCAACAUGUAUGGAAAUAGCGAAAGCAAUCAGAAGCCCUGAUCAUGAAAAAUUCAUAAGCCAUUUUCCUGUGCAUCAAGAUGGGUCUUGCAAUGGUCUUCAACACUAUGCUGCUCUUGGUAGAGAUGCCGCUGGUGCAUACAGUGUGAACCUAAUGCCUGAAUCUAAACCUCAGGAUGUAUAUAGUGCUGUUGCUAAAAUGGUUGAAGAAACUAGAGCAAAAGAUGCAGAAAAUGAUGUAAAAGUUGCUCAAAUUUUGGAAGGAUUUGUCAAAAGGAAAGUUAUUAAACAAACUGUUAUGACGACUGUUUAUGGAGUGACUAGGUUUGGUGCCAGAUUGCAAAUUGCAAGGCAGUUGAAAGAUAUUGAUGAUUUUCCAAAAGACUACGUGUGGGCAGGAAGUUCAUAUUUAACACAUAAAACAUUUGAAAGCCUACGAGAAAUGUUUACUUCAACAAGGGAAAUUCAAGAUUGGUUUACAGAAUGUGCGAGACUCAUUAGCGCUGUAUGUGGUCAGAAUGUAGAAUGGGUUACACCAUUAGGAUUGCCCAUAGUGCAACCAUAUCACAGAUCACAGAAGAAGGUUGACAUUACAAAUAAUAAAAUAACAGAUAAUGCUGCAUUGGACAUCUUCGAGCGGCCUAAUGUAAUGAAACAAAAAAAUGCAUUUCCUCCAAAUUUCAUACAUUCGCUAGAUUCAAGUCACAUGAUGCUGACAUCUUUACAUUGUGAACAUGCAGGUAUAACAUUUGUGUCAGUUCAUGAUUGCUUCUGGACACACCCCUGUACCAUUCCUGUAAUGAAUAAGAUAUGUCGAGAACAAUUUGUUGCAUUACAUUCACAACCAAUUUUAGAAGAUUUAUCAAAGUAUUUAAUGGAGAAAUAUAGUUAUUCAGAUACAGAAUUCAAGAAUGAUGGAUCUGUGAUUGAGCAAACAAAAAGGAAACUGAACAGGAUUCUUAGAAAACUCCCACAUAGAGGCAAUUUUGAUUUGAACAACGUGUUGACAUCUACUUAUUUUUUUAGUUAAGUUUCCAAAUGUUCCAUAUAAAGUUCAAAUGUAAAUGAAAUAUAUAGUUUAUGUGAUAGUAUUGACUUAUUUGAUCAUUAUAUUUAUCAAAUAUAAACCAAUAA